GACGUCAUGACGUAAGCCUAGCAACGGCGCAGGCUCCCGGACUAGUCCGUUAUGGCCGCUACCGCCUGGGGAAGGAUGAGAGACGCUGCGCAAGCGAAGCUGCUCCCCGGGUCGGCAAUGCAGGCCCCUGGGGCGCUUGCGCGGCCGCUGGUCGUGGCACUCCUGCUGGCGCUGGUCUUGAUCCCUGGUAUGUCAGAGGCACAGCUUACAAAUCAAACUGUAUACACCCUAGAUGUUUCUCAUGCAAAUGAUUUAAAACAUGAGAAUCAAACCGCACCUUCUGUUUCCCACGUCACCACCACUCUCCCGCCCCCGACUGGCACUGAGAAGAGCAGAGGGGCCACGGCAGCCCCCCAGCCCUCGCCUGCCCACUCUGUGCUCCCAGAAGCAGCUGCUGACCAGGAGGACCCGAGCCUGGAGGAGGAGGAGGGGCUGCUCUCACCCAACAGCCCUCCGUCCCCUGGCAGAGACCCUCUGGACAACGGAGACUACGGAGAGGCGGACUACGACUGGACCACCAGCCCCAGGGACGAGGAGUCGGAUGAGACUGUGGAGGAAAACAGGAGCUACAUGGAGAUCGAGCAGUCCGUGAAAUCUUUUAAGUCUCCACCCUCAAAUAUCGAAGAGGAAGACAGCCAUUUCUUUUUUCACCUUAUUAUUUUUGCUUUUUGUAUUGCUGUUGUUUAUGUUACGUAUCACAAUAAAAGGAAGAUUUUCCUCCUAGUUCAAAGCAGAAAAUGGCGUGAUGGCCUUUGUUCUAAAACAGUGGAAUAUCAUCGCCUCGACCAGAACGUUCAUGAGGCGAUGCCUUCUCUGAAGAUUACCAAUGAUUAUAUUUUUUAAAGCACUGUGAUUUGGGUUUGCUUAUUAUAUGAUUUUAUUUGCUUGACUUUUUAUAUGCUGUUGUGCAGGUGUUUGCCAUAGCAAUUGGUACUUAAAUGAGAGGUGGAUCUCUCUUUUGCCUUGGUGCUUUGGGAAUUAAAUGUCACAAACAGGAGUAUAUAAUUUUUUAUCUACACUUUUAGAGCUGAUUCACCCAGGGGUCCCAAAUGUAAGUUAAGCAUUACCUUAUAUUUAUACUCUGCCUCUAGUUUCUAUUAUUUUUCAUUUCUUGUACUAUUUCUGGAAGUUACAGUAUUUUUAAAAGACCCCAAACUUGUAACUAAAUUCUAACAUGUCUAGUACCACUUUCUUAGAUUCACCUGCCAUCCGAAUACUAAUUUUUAUUACAAAUUUCUUGGCGGUCACCAACGGUAAGGUACAAGGAUGGAUGUGGUAAUGCUUCACGUUUAAGUAACAUUUUGUUUUCUAAAGAAAACUCUUUAGAACUCAGGCAACAGAAACACGAUUUAAGAUAACGGUGUUGGUCAAUUUGACCACAGUUUUAGGUAACACAUUAAAUGUGUCUGGAAAUUAUGGUGAAAAAAAGACUACAGUUUGCCGUGGAUAUAAAUAAAAUGUGAUAUAGACACUGUUGUUUGAAUUGCUGAAUUAAGAGAUAGUAGGAACUAUGGUGAGAUAUUAAACACAUGACCAGUUACUUUUAGGUAGCAAUUGAGUGUAGCACAGGUUCCUCCAAGUGUUCAAGCAGUGGGCAGAAUUUAAAAUUAUAUCAGAUUUGUUCAUGUUUUUUAUUGUGAAAUAAGUUUGAAUAGGUCUUAGGGGACAUUAUCACUUGAAUAAUGUUGUAUUUAGAUCUUUGGAAUUAAACUUAUACCUGAAUGAAGUUGUUUGUAUACAUAAAGGACAUAUGUGUACAAUGACCUUUCCCUCCUGGACUUAGUAUAUUUUCUUUUCUGUUUUUUACAGCAACUGGAAAUUACUGUAUUUUAUGUUAGCAGAUCUUUCUGUCAUAAAGAAUUGAUCAUUGUGUAAAUAUGUGAUUUGAACUGCGAUUGACUUUCAGGUCAGGUGUUGCUGCAAGUUUUUAGGGAACACGACCUCUACCGUCCUGUGUUGAAGCCCAGGCGGCGGUGGCUUGCGCUUGCGCAGGGAUGGGAGGAGCAGUGCCUGCCCCCCUCGUCUCCACCCGACAGCCGACUGUGCUGAGGAGGAAGGGAGCCCAACGGAAAUACACCUGAGCUGUUUUACUGCAGUAAUUUUUUCAUAUCUGAAAUUGUAUUAUUUAAUAUUUUGAUGAAUAAUAUUUUAAAAAAUAAAUGGCAUAGAUGGAA